AUGGGGACGAGGGGAACAAAAGUGGAAAUAAAAUUGUUUUCUUUUAUUUGUUUCUUUUUCUUUUUUGAUUUGUUUCUUUUUUUUGUUGUUUUGUUUCUUUUUUGGCUUGUUUCCUGUUUUGGUUUGCUUCUUUUUGGGGUUGUUUUUUUUUGCUUGUUUCUUUUUGUUUGUUUCUUUUUUGGCGUGUUUCUUUUUUGGUUUGUUUCUUUUUUGUCGUGUUUCUUUUUGGUUUGUUUCUUUUUUGUCGUGUUUCUUUUUUGGUUUGUUUCUUUUUUGGCGUGUUUCUUUUUUGGUUUGUUUCUUUUUUUAGCGUGUUUCUUUUUUGAUUUGUUUCUUUUUUGGUUUGUUUCUUUUUUGUCAUGUUUCUUUUUUGGUUUGAUUCUUCUUUGGCGUGUUUCUUUUUUGGCUUGUUUGUCUUUUUGGUUUGUUUCUUUUUGGCUUGUUUCUUUUUCUGUUACAAUUUCUGCUUCCUUUUUCGUUUUCUUCUUCUUCUUCUUCUUCUUCUUCUUCUUCUUCUUCUUCUACAGAAAUUUCUUCUUUCCUUCAUUCUCUAUUGUAUUGCUAAGGACAGAUUUGAAAAAAAAAGAAAUGUUUACCGCAGAAUUCAACGAAUAUUUGCUAUGA